CGAAACCGCCGUUACAAAACGCGAAAACAACUCUGGAAGCUUCCAAUCCCCUCCUCCUCCUCCUCCUCCUCCGGCCAGUCUUCCCUCUUUUGUGCCGCAGUAAGAGGCCCAAAUCCCCUCCCGUUCUUGAUCCUAUCGAUCCUUCGAUUGGAUCCGAUCCUCCUCGGCGCGGCGUUCAUGGGCGCCGACGGGGACCCCGACGGCACCGGCGACUCGGACACCGUCACCCUCCAAGUCCGGUGCUCCAACGGGUCCAGGUUCUCCGUAGAGGCCGCCCUCGAUUCCACCGUCGGCACCCUCAAGGCUGCCCUCGUCGAGAAAUGCGACGUCCCGGCGGAGCAGCAGCGGCUGAUCUACAAAGGCCGGAUCUUGAAGGACGAGCAGACCCUGCAGAGCUACGGAUUGGCAUCAAAUCACACAAUUCAUUUGAUUCGUGCUUUAACACCACCAGCUGCAUCUGCUGAAGCAGCAACAGCUAGCCAUGAAGCUUCAAGGGAACCAAACAAUACUAUAGGUGUCGAGACGGCUGUUUCUAAUGAAGGUGGGCAAUUUGGAGGAACUGAUUCUGGAGGCAUGCUCUUUCGAGGCAUUGGUGUUAACAGGAGAGAUGGCACAGGAUCCGGAUUUUUGGGAUUUGGCUUACCAGAACUUAACCAGAUGCAGCAACAGCUGGCUCAGAAUCCUAGCAUGAUGAGGGAAAUAAUGAACAUGCCUGCCGUGCAAAGUUUGAUGAAUAAUCCUGAUCUAAUUCGAGGCAUGAUAAUGAACAAUCCUCAAAUGCGUGAAAUCAUAGACAGGAAUCCUGAAUUUGCACACAUUCUUAAUGACCCCAGUACUCUCCGACAGUCUCUAGAAGUUAUGAGGAAUCCUGAACUAGUGAGAGAAUUGAUGCGGAACACUGAUAGGGCUAUGAGCAACAUUGAAUCAUCCCCAGAAGGAUUCAACAUGCUUAGGCGCAUGUAUGAAACUGUCCAGGAGCCAUUUCUAAAUGCUACAACCACUGCAGGGGAAAUGGGGAAUGACUUGGGUCAAAACCCAUUUGUGGCACUUUUGGGUAACCAAGGUGCUACACAGGCAGGAAAUCAGACACCUAGUCAAUCUGGAACUAGUUCAGAUGUAGCAACGGAAUCUGCUGCACCAAACAGUAACCCACUUCCCAAUCCAUGGAGCAGAACUGCAGGAGCUGCACAGACUACCAACUUGAGUUCUGCGCCUGCAAGUGAUGGAAGGUCUACAGGCAUUGCUGGGUUAGGUGGAUUUGGUUUGCCAGAGUUGGAAAGGAUGGCUGGUGGCGUGCCUGACCCAUCCUUUUUAAAUCAGCUUUUACAGAAUCCAGCCAUCAUGCAGAUGAUGCAGAGUCUCCUCUCCAACCCUCAGUUUAUGAAUCAGGUCUUGAGUCCACAACUCCGUGGCUUGUUGGGAUCCAAUUCCCAGCUUAGUGACGUGUUGCAGAACCCGGAAUUGAUUCGCCAGCUUACUUCUCCUGAGACGAUGCAGCAACUUCUAUCUUUUCAACAAUCAUUUUUAUCCCAGGUUGUUCGGCAGCAGCCAAGACAGGAACAAAAUCAGACCAGUGAUGGUAUGGCAGGAGUAACGAACAACAAUGGGCUGGGACUUCUGAUGAACAUGUUCAGUGGGCUUGGGUCUGGUACUGGCGUUGCUAAUAAUCCUGAUGUGCCUCCAGAGGAGCGAUUUGCGACACAGCUGACCCAGCUAAGAGAAAUGGGUUUCUUCGACACUCAAGAGAACAUUCGUGCUUUAAGUGCCACUGCUGGCAACAUCCAUGCGGCCGUCGAAUGGCUGUUAAGGAAUCUUGAGUGAUAGUGAUCAUGUUUGCUCUGCCAUUUUUAACAUAGCUCGCAACCGUGGUGAUGAUGAUUUCAAUGUCAUAAUUUUGGCAAGGCAUAAUCAUACAUACAUAUUUAUACACACUGUUGGAGAGCUGUGAAAUCUGCUGUGCAAUUGUUUGAUUUACACGUUUUGCACC